AUGGAUUUCAUCAAGACCAGUUCCCCGUGUGCUCUGACCUUAUCGAGCAUUCGCGUCCUGAACCGCGCACAUCGGCCGAUCGAGGAACAAACGUACCGCGACUGUGCCGCGCAAAUCAUCCACGUCCCGCUAAGUCCACGGCCGUUCCCACGUACCGACCCGGGAGGCAUCAUCCCGUGGUCGGCCAAUUCCCUUCCACACGACCAUCCGUGCACGACCGCGCCGCGCGAACAGGAAGGUAAAGCUUCGCGGCCGCGGCACAAUCCGUGUACCGCGGCCGACCCAUCCGCGCAAGCAGGAAGGCAACGUCCCAUGACCGGCCAAGUCUCAUCGGCCAAAACUUAUCCAUCCGUCCGACCCCGUCGGCCGAACACGAAAACUGUUGGCCACGAUCGUUCUGAUCGUACCGAUAGCCGAUUACGAUCCGACGACCGGCCGAUCAUCCCGACCGACUGUCCGAACGCUGCGAUCGACCUGAGGCCGUUUCUGAAGCCCGUUACACACGAGCCGCCGUCGACUUACUAG